AUGGAAUACGUCACAGUCACCAUCAACCCUCGCGCCGCCCCCAAAACGACCGAGCCGAGCGGCCCCUUCACCUCCUCCCACCACGGCAGCAAGAAGCGCCUCCACCAAGCACCGCCGGCCCGCGCCACCGCCGCCCCCGCCUCCGAGGACCGUCUCCUCGAGGGCCUCGCCGUGCUGCUCGACUACCUCAACGACGGCGACGGCCCCGACCAGCUCGCCCGCCUCCGCCGCCGCGCCGACCUCUGGUGCCAGGCCUACCACCGCCGCCGCGACUACACCCUCCGCGACCCGCGCCGCGGCCGGCCCAUCUCCCGCGUGCCCCGCUGUGUCUUUGCCGCCCACCCGCACCUCUUCAGCCCGACCCGUCGUCCGCCCCCGACGCGGCUCGACCCGUCCUCGCCACCACCCCUUGAACCGGACGGCGGCGACUCGUCGGACCCGGAGGCGGGCGUCUUCGAUGAUGAUGACGAUGACCGGCCGGAAGAGUUCCCCGCGUACGCGGAACCGGCGCUGCUGUGCGACGACGACGCGCUGCGACGCCUCGCGGAGCGGUGCGACCGCGACCGCGAGCCGCUUGAGCGCCGCCGCCGCGCGCGCCUCCUCGACGCCGCCGGUGGUCACCACCACGCCGCGCUUUUUGACGUUCGCGUCCACGCGCGCGACCUGCUCGACUCGCCCAUCCUGUGGUACAUCCCGGAGUUGGUCGCCUGCCUCGCGCACUUGCCGCCGGCACCGGCGUACGUCUCGUGGCUGCGCGAGCAGCAGCGACCCGUCCUCGCCGACGAGGAGGAGGCGGCCUGGGAGGAGGCCGAGGGCGUUGUUACGGACGCCACAAUGAGCGUCCCGAUUGGAUUGAAGCGCAAGGUGUCUGGUAAGGGGCGGCACGAGAGCCACGAGUGGCGGCCAAAAGCCGAGGGUGGUCACCGAAAGGGAAGAGGGUGGAAUAUUCUGGCCAUGAUGGGUUAG